UGCAAAUCGUUUGUUUCAUCAUCAAGUGGCCGCCAGUAUUGAAAAUCAAAUCGUUCGGACGCAUCGGAAAAAGUUCCCGCACAACAUGUAUUCUCCGCAGUAUAUUCUCCUCCCGAUAGUAGUGAUAUUGGAAUCUUUUCAAAUAGUGUGUAGUGAUCACUCAGAGAUCUCCCAGAAUAGUUCAAUAUUGCACAGCACAUUGGAUAAUAAUAACACUUGCGACGCGGUUAACCUAGAAUGCAUCAUUUGGGCCAAUAUCACUCUGCAGACCGGAGCACAGCUUCCGGUUAAUAUAGAUUGCUCAUCGCUAAAUGACACUGGCCAGCACAAUCUGAGCUACAGUAGCCAAUUAAGUGAUUUAUUUUUAAGUCGGUUUAAAAAUAUACGAAAUAUUUCGAUGGACGGACUUUGCUCGAAUGUACCAAGCUUCGGAUUAGAGCACUUCCCUGACACAAACAGCAGCGUCCAUCGGGCGGUUUUUCGAAACUUCUUAAUUGAUAAUAUAACAAAUGAUUUAUUAGAGAAUGUGGCCGCAGUGCGAGAAAUCAUUUUUGAGAAAAACUUUUUCAAAAACAUCAAAGACGAUGCGUUCCAGCAUACGCCCCUUGUGACUACUCUGAGUUUCCAACAAAACCACAUCUGCAAUAUCGAACCAGGUGCCUUCGACGGGUUAACAAACUUGAAAUCUUUAAAUAUAAACGAAUCCUAUCUGUCCGUAGAAAUAGCGGACUUUUUCAAAAAUGUCCACUGUGAUCAGUUAACGUUAACAAUGCAAAGAAUGAACGACAAAGUCUUCCAGAAUCUUCCUGAACAACUACGUACACUAGAAGUUACCAACAUGUCCUUCCUAGACUUAAUAGUUGAAAACGACGGAGAAAUGACGACUCUGGUGCUGCUUGAAAACGAAAUUGUGAAUCUAACUGUGAUCGAUAAUUCUAAACUGAAGUUCUUGAAUUUAAGUCAUAAUUCUAUCAAACAUUUAAAAUUUAUCAACUGUUCGGGUGUACAAAUCCUGGAUCUGAGUUUCAACUCAUUAACGCAUCUGCAAGGUGAAAGUUUCAUCGACAUGGACCAACUCGAGUCUAUUUAUUUACAAAAUAACAGACUGAAAACAUUCUCAAUUGAUAUUUUCCAAACAUCGAUACCCACCUUGAUAAAAAUAGAUUUAUCCAACAAUUUUCUGCGCGCCAUCGCCAUAGGAGUCGAUAUCAAUCCGAACCCCCACCUGAAAAUAGACGUCAAUAAAAAUCCAUGGGAGUGCAGGUGGAUACUGGACCUGGCCAACCAACGACCGGACCUGUUCCGCAUUUUCCAGUAUGAGAAGUUUGUGAGUAGGAUAAACGUGAAGGGGUUGCACUGCACCACAUACCCUACAGGACCACCUUUCGCCCACGAUAGUUUGCACCAUUUUGACAACCCUUUGGCCAUAAUGCCACACCUAACAAUGGAUUCAGCAAACAUCCCAGAACGGAAUAUUCGGAAACAAAUCCUGUACGGAUUUCUUGCUUGCAUUGGCUUAAUUGUCGUGCCCGCCCUUGCGUUUUACAUUUGGAAAAGAUGUCGUAGGUCAGGUCAGGUGCCAUUCUAUCGAUCCUUGAAAAGAUCACAGUGGUCACCAGAACGUUUUGAUGUAAUCCGACAGCUACCGCGUGAUAGUUCGCCAGGAUACGAAGUCCCUUUGCAGUUUUUUGAUACCAACGCGAAUAUGGAAGACAUCGAACUACUGGACACAAUCGGCAAUUUGGAACCGAUAGAAAUGCAGAUCGAUGAAGUACCUGAACCGGUGGCUAUUUACGAGGAGAUCAAAGAUAACAGAUGAUCCAGGACUGAUAUUCAAGCAAAAUGUAGUACAGUUAAUGACUGAGUUUGAAGGAAGAAUUUUCAUAUUUAUAAUAUGUACAAGUGUAACCUUAGAUUUAACAAUGAUAUAACUUGCCUCAUUGAUUUUAUCAAAUUUUGAGGACAAUGCCUAUUUGCAGAAAUACAACAGAGUUUAUAGCCUA